AUGUUCGACCACGACUGGUGGUCCUGGCCGGCCACUCGACACUACACGUAUCGCUACAACCUCCUAGACGCCGACAAAGAGGAAGCUUCGUUCGACGAGGGACGCCCCGACAUUCACAAUUCUCGACAACCUCGCCAUCGUGCGUAUUGUCGGGGAUCUUCGACGGUGUUGAAACUAAUUCUCGCCACGCUGGUAACAGCGAGUGCCUGUGUCCUCGCCUUCUACGCCGGGACAAUAUACGAGUACCAGAGGAACACUAAGUGGUCCAGCGGGGAUGGGGGCCCGUUACAGCUCCGCACCAUCGAGUUCGAAUUGGAAUACAACGCGAGCUUCGGCGACGCACCCAGCCCCGUCACCGAGGCCGCCUGGGACGAUUUGUUGCCCGUGCAAGGGGGAUUCUUUCAACAUCCCCAGAUUGCCCCGUCACGGUCUGAUUUUGCGGUAUUCCACCAGUUGCAUUGCUUGAACGGAAUCCGACAAGCCUACUGGUUCACCCACGCCGUCGCCACGGGCGCCGCCACCCUCUCCGCAUCAGCAGAUGGCCCCGACGCCGACAUGUCCGAGAUGAUCUCCCCCCGCCACAUCAGCCACUGCGUCGACCUGCUCCGCCAGGCGCUCAUGUGCCAGCCCGACCUGACGGUCGAGGUCAAGGACGAGCGCGGCGGCGUCACGGGGUUCGGCACCGUGCAUCAGUGCAAGGACUGGGCGCAGUUGAUGGCCUGGAUGGCCGAGUGGGAGACGUACGGGCAGACCGACGAGGAGGCGUACGAGGCUGGGGAGAGACAUCGUCAUCAUCAUCAUCACGACCACCUUGGACAUGUGUAG